CGUUCCAUUUUACGUUUAAGUUAUCAAGACUCCGCCGAGUGACGUGGCUUCAAUGACGGGUCUCUUGAGUAUCACCCAUUUAUUGUUUAACAAAAUAAAAUGGUAAUUAACAAAAUCAUCGUCCACGGAUAGCCAUUCAUUUUAAAUUUAAAUUACAAAAUACUCCGUUAAUUUACACUAAUUAAUUUAAAGACUUGCUCACUAUUCAGAAUGACGACCUACGAAGAUUUUAUACAGCAGAAUGAGGACAGAGAUGGAGUUCGGUUUACGUGGAACGUUUUUGCUUCGUCAAAAGUCGAAGCUACGAGGAUGGUUGUACCCCUGGGGGCACUCUAUCAGCUGAUAAAAGAACGUCCCGACUUGCCUCCUAUUUCUUAUGACCCAGUUUUGUGCACCAGGUCGACAUGCAGAGCGAUACUUAACCCGCUCUGUCAGGUUGACUAUCGCGCGAAACUCUGGGGAUGCAACUUUUGUUUCCAAAGGAAUCCAUUUCCUCCACAAUAUGCUGCUAUUUCGGAGCAACAUCAACCAGCAGAGCUGAUUCCUAUGUUUUCUACGAUAGAAUACACGAUAACGAGAGCGCAAUGUUUGCCUCCAAUAUUUUUACUUGUCGUGGAUACUUGCAUGGACGAGGAAGAAUUAGGUGCCUUGAAAGACUCUCUACAAAUGUCACUGUCACUAUUACCACCUAGUGCAUUAAUAGGCUUGAUCACGUUCGGUAAAAUGGUCCAGGUGCAUGAGUUGGGCUGCGAAGGCUGCAGCAAGAGCUACGUGUUCCGAGGCACGAAAGACCUUCAGCCUAAACAAGUCCAAGACAUGCUGGGCAUUGGAAGACAAGCUCCUGGUCAAGGUCAGCAGCGGGCACCUACGGGACAACCGCUUCCACCAGCGAACAGAUUCCUCCAGCCUGUCCACAAGUGCGACAUGAGUUUGACUGACCUACUGGGAGAACUCCAGCGCGAUCCUUGGCCAGUCGGUGUCGGCAAAAGACCUCUGAGGUCUACUGGAGUAGCUUUGGCUGUCGCCACAGGUCUGUUGGAGGCCAGCUACGCGAACACUGGCGCCAGAAUUAUGAUGUUUGUCGGCGGUCCUUGCUCUCAAGGUCCCGGUCAAGUGGUAACUGAUGAACUUCGUCUGCCAAUCCGUUCCCAUCAUGACAUUCACAAGGACAACGCCAAGCAUAUGAAGAAAGCUACUAAACACUAUGACUCUCUAGCUGCUCGAGCUGCCGCAAAUGGUCACAUUAUAGAUAUAUACGCCUGUGCCUUGGACCAAACUGGACUGUUGGAGAUGCGGCAGUGUUGUAAUUCAACUGGCGGGCAUAUGAUAAUGGGGGAUUCAUUUAAUUCCUCGUUAUUCAAACAAACUUUCCAACGUGUCUUCGCCAAAGACGCUAAAAAAGACUUGAAGAUGGCAUUCAAUGCCACUCUGGAGGUAAAGACAUCACGGGAGCUAAAAGUUUCUGGGGUUAUCGGGCCUUGCGUGUCGCUAAAUGUCAAAGGAGCUUGUGUAGGUGAACAAGAAGUUGGACUCGGUGGUACUUGUCAGUGGAAAUUCUGCGCACUGAUGCCCUCUACCACCGCAGCAGUAUUCUUCGAGGUUGUUAAUCAAAAUUCCGCUCCCAUUCCUCAAGGAGGUCGUGGGUGCAUUCAAUUUAUAACGCAGUAUCAGCACAGCAGUGGUCAGCGUAGAAUAAGAGUUACUACUGUCGCGCGAAACUGGGCUGAUGCGACCACUUCACUGCAUCACAUCAGCGCUGGGUUUGACCAAGAGGCUGCCGCUGUUUUGAUGUCAAGACUGGCAGUAAAUCGCGCUGAGAGUGAUGAUGGCCAUGACGUUUUACGUUGGGUCGACAGGAUGCUCAUCAGACUUUGCCAGAAGUUCGGAGAGUACGCCAAGGACGACCCCAACAGCUUCAGAUUAGCCGAAAACUUUUCUCUAUACCCACAGUUCAUGUAUCACUUGCGUAGAUCCCAAUUCCUUCAAGUGUUCAACAAUUCCCCGGACGAAACCAGCUUCUACAGACACAUGUUGAUGCGCGAAGACUUGACUAACUCUCUGAUAAUGGUCCAGCCUAUUCUAUACAGCUACGGAUUCAAUGGGCCACCAGAGCCAGUCUUGCUUGACACUUCGUCCAUUCAGCCUGACAGAAUUUUACUCAUGGAUACUUUCUUCCAAAUCCUGAUAUUCCACGGAGAGACAAUAGCACAGUGGAGACAACUGAAGUAUCAAGACCAGCCAGAAUACGAAAACUUCCGCCAACUAUUAGCGGCACCAGUAGACGAUGCUGCUGAAAUCUUAGCCGGGAGAUUCCCAGCUCCGCGUUACAUUGACACUGAACAAGGUGGUUCUCAAGCGAGAUUCUUGCUCAGCAAAGUCAAUCCAAGUCAAACGCAUAACAACAUGUAUGCUUACGGAGCGGGGAUGCCGUUACCAAGCGGGGAAAGCGGAGCACCUGUGCUGACUGAUGACGUCAGUCUCCAAGUAUUCAUGGAACAUCUAAAAAAAUUGGCGGUUUCGUCGCAAGCUUAAGAACCUGUAGGAUCCAAUUAUAAUUAUUAAAAUUAAAUAUAUAUAUAUAUUAUUAUUAUUCCUUUUAUAUUAAAUCAACAAUAUUAAUAACUAAUUAAUUAAUUAAGUUAUAAUUAUAAAUAAAUUCAAUUAUAUUGUC